UGCAAGGUUAAGGUUACGUCAGACGUGUUAUGUUAUAACCGUUGGGGCGCACUCCGGCAAGUUCAGUGUCUCGUCGAGAGUGGCCGCGACACUAGGCUCGCGACCAUCGCUGUGCGCGCCUCACCUCGAGGACUGUACGACUCGCCUGUGAUAUACGAACAGUGAAAAGUUCAUGAACUGCGUGUUGACAUUUGUUUGAACUAUAUCACGUGACGACUUAUUUCCGAAAUAUCCUCGACGAGACGCCUGCAAGGUAUCUCUAAGACGACCGGCAUUGUUUCCGAAUCUAACGAUUGGUGGUGGCGGUUAACGGCUAGCGGUUGUGGUGUUGUCAGAUAACGAAUGUUGCCACGGCCUCUAUCAUACAGCAUAAUGCGGCUUUUACUUAGUUUACUAUUUGUGGCGUGCGCUGCCGAAGCCGCGAAAAAAUUCGAAGGAACCUUGAGAUCGGCGGCCGAUGCACCGCCUCAGGAUAAUCUUGCUAUAGAGUCUGCAUCAGCAGAGCCCGUUGUAGUGGCCGCGCCUCAGGAUUACCAAAAUCCUGGUGCCCCACCUCCUGAUGCUCCUAAGCCUGAAGCCGAAGAUCCCAUCGAGGAACCGGCUCCUGUACCGGAAACGGCAUCUGAAGGUGUGCCACCCUCUGCUCCGAGUGGCGCAUCCGCACCAUCAGCUCCGGCUAACUCGUUAGAAGAAUGUGAUCCCGAAAUGAUUGGUUUCGAACUAGUUACUGGAUACGUGUUUUCGGCGCCUUCUCACAUUUUAGACGAUAUCCCUGGUACCUUGAUGUUGACAGAUUGCCUGGAACAGUGUCAGGCGAAUGACACUUGUCGGGCAGUUAACUACGAGACUGGACUUUGCGUGUUGUUUAGUUCUGAUGCUGAUCAGCUACCGGGUGCAUUGACCAAGUCGCAGUUUCCCGUGUUCACUAUCUAUGCGCAGAAGUCAUGCUUAGGCGUGCGUCCGUGCGAGCGCGCGUGGUGUUUCGACCGUGUGCGCGGCUACCAUCUCAAGGGGCACGGAAAGAAGACGCACACAGUUGGCUCCAGGCAGAUGUGUCUCGACCUCUGCCUCGGCGAGAACGAGUUUGUCUGCAGAUCGGCGAACUACAACAAUAAAACUGGGGAGUGCGUGCUCUCCAAUAUGGACCGUAUUACUUUGGCUGGAACCAACUCUUUCCAAUCGAAUGAAGAUACGGACUAUUUAGAAAACAACUGCGUCGAAGAGCCAACAAAGUUAUGCGAGUUCAAAAAAAUGGGCGGACGCAUUCUGAAGACCGUGGACUCGGUGUAUCAAGAUGUGCAAACCGUUGAGGAAUGCAGAGAGUUAUGCCUUAACUCGCCAUUCCGCUGUCAUUCAUACGACCACGGCGAUACUGGCGACCAUGUAUGCCGUCUUUCCCAUCACUCACGUGCAACACUCGCUGACAUUCAGGACCCUUACUUAGAGGUACCCGAAGCGGCUACAUAUGAAUUGUCUUCUUGCUACAACGUAUCUAUUGACUGCCGUGCUGGAGAUAUGGUUGCUCGUAUUCAAACCUCUAAAUUGUUCGAUGGCAAAAUUUACGCAAAGGGUAGCCCUAACUCGUGUGUUGUCGACGUUAAACAAAGCCUCGAAUUUGAAUUGCAUAUGGGAUACAAUAACAUUGAGUGCAAUGUUAAACAGAACGGACUUGGAAGAUAUUUGAACGAUGUCGUCAUUCAACAUCAUGACACAAUCGUUACGUCUUCCGAUUUGGGUCUUGCUGUAACAUGCCAAUAUGACUUGACAAACAAAACCGUCGCCAAUGAGGUAGACCUUGGAAUUCACGGAGAUAUCCAGACUGGUCUGUCGGAGGAGGUCAUUGUCGACUCGCCCAACGUAGCCAUGAGAAUUACCGACAGAAGUGGAGAUGACACCAUUGCUUCGGCUGAAGUUGGAGAUCCUCUGGCUCUCCGCUUCGAGAUUAUGGACCCGAACUCGCCAUUCGAAAUCUUCGUACGAGAACUUGUGGCUAUGGACGGCGUCGAUUCCAGCGAAAUUACUCUUAUCGACAGCGACGGUUGCCCCACCGAACACUUCAUCAUGGGACCUCUAUUCAAAUCCACCAACAGUGGAAAGACACUGUUGUCACACUUCGAUGCCUUCAAGUUCCCGUCCUCCGAAGUGGUUCAAUUCCGUGCCUUGGUGACUCCUUGUAUGCCUACUUGUGAGCCAGUACAGUGCGAUGGUGGACCAAACGAACUUCGCUCUGUCAUGUCAUACGGCCGUAGGAAGAGGCGUUCUACCCCCGCUGCACCCACCGAUGACAUGUUGCUUGUGCAAACCAUCCAGAUUACCGACAAAUUCGGCUUCGACAAACAACGCGCCAAGAAUGUCACUGAAGACUCAGUGUUCGUAAGGGAGACCGACGUUACUUGCGUGAACGCAGCAGGAGCUAUGCUCGCGGCGGCCGCUUUCUUGGCGGCUCAACUAGUCGUACUCGCGGCGUGGACGUGCAGUUGGCAGAGACGGCGCGCGGCAGCCAAGGCCGCCGAACUUCUCCCUGGACCAAACGCACCAUCUGCACUUUGCAAAGUUUACGACCCGAGCUAUUCUCGUACGCACCAGAGGCACUUUUGAGUAUUUUGUAGACGUGUCGACGUGAUCAACGUCCGCAAUAGUAGUUUAUGUUGUUAGUAUAAAAACCCCCGUCGUGUCCCGGCUUGUAGAAACUACGUGUUACGAUCGAGUGACACGUAGUUCGUUGACAGAGCGCAGGACUACGACAGCGGUUAUUUAAUGGUAGUGUCCGAACAUUUCCGCAUCAUACGCUACAUACGGCCAAUAUGUGCGGGAGAGUGCGACACAGAGACGGGGACGACCACAAGAGUGCGCGUGAACGUGGACGAAUGCGAGGCGGGACGCAUGUGACUGUGUGUAUGCGUUGAUGAGUGUAAUGACGCUCGCUUGUCCCCUUCUCUAGUGCCGGCGCGGGACCGAGGCCGUGACCCGUUAUCAAGAUCGCGUCGCUCAUUCGUUCAUUUUAAAAUCGGAUGUUCAUUUGCGGAUGUCCGAAUAGUAUUGUACCAUAUUUUAUUGAUUUAGCGUAAGCCUGAUUUUUUAAUUAUAGAGAUAGGUAAAAAGUAACAUUUCAGUACCUUUUAAGUAGAAAUCCGAACGUGCGACCUAAGUCAUGAAACGAUGGAUUGACGGCCGUCCCGACAUCGUAAUUUAUUUAAUUUAGGUUAGUUUUUUACGUAAUUUAUGAUUGAAAUAAACUUAUUUAAUAAAACUCCUAAUAUAAAUAUUUACCUAAAUAAAAAAAGAAAGCUUACGACUUAAACAGUGUGCUAUUUUAUAUAAAUAUAAAUUCAAAAUAUUUAAUUAUGUUCUUAGUGCCUUAAAGUCGUAUUAAUAAUUUUAUUAAUCAUAAUAAAAUACUUUUUAAGUAAAAAGCUUAAAUAGUGUUUUUAACUUUUUUGUCCGUCCAAAUUGUCAUUACGUCAUUACUUAAAAUAAACUUAUACAUUAAUAA